AUGGCUUCCACCUCCUCGACCCAAGCCACAUGCCAAGCACUCCUCAACUUUGUCACUGACGGAGAAUUCCCCGACACCGACAGCCUAGUCUCCGCCGAGUUUCCGCUGGAGGUUAUUCCUACUAGUCUAAUAGGAAUUGCGAAGGUAGAGGAGGAGCUUAAGACCGAAAUAUCGACUCUCAGCCGAGACACCGCUGUCAAUAUAGAUGGCUGGAUUACCCAGGCUAAACAACUCCAUCAGGAUAUAGAGCGGUCCAGAUCAACUGCCAGGGAGAUUGUGGCGUUGCACGAGAAGGGCCAGGAGCUCUCUGGUCUUGUCGUCACUGCAAAAUCUUCGGUAGAACGAUUCCAGGAUGACAUCGACAUCAGCAAUGCCGUUCUAGAGAUUCUGGAAGAAGUACGCUUAAUUGACGAGAAACUUGCUGAUUCACGGCUGUCAUCUAAUAAACGCCAAUGGGUUCGGUCUAUUAACUUAUUAGACGAAGUCGAGCAAUGUGUGGCUGGAUCUAAAUUCCUCCAAAGCUCAAAUAUUGCUGGUUUGUUAUCAACCAAACUAGCGGAGCUGCAUGCUGAAAUCGCUACCUCACUUAAAGCAGAAUGGAAUUCCAUGAUCAAAUUUGACUUUGCACUUCAUGAGCUUACCAUUAGAAUAAAUUAUUCUGAUAACUCGCCUGACGCCCUCAUUGGGUUAUCAAAAAUGGGUCUUUUGGAAAACAUUGUUAGGACUUUUCAGGACGAUAUGAUCAAGUAUAUCUUUCGCCCUGUUAUAUGUCCCCUCAAAUCUGCUCCAUGGAGGGCGUUUUCGGUUACCAAAAACCACGCACGAUUACUACAAAUACCCUCAAAACCAUCAAUUUCAGAUAUAAUAAGCGGAACAUUAUCAAUCUUUUCCUUUUUGCAGGAACAAUUGCCUUCCGCCGUGAUUAGAACUAUGCUCGACACGUUUGCGAAAACUAUUGUAACCCACCUUCUGACAAAAUGGCUAUCACCAGCAAUUCCAAGUGAUGUUUCCUCUUUAGAAGCAUUUCAAAAAAUAAUACAUCAAGUUCGUGAGUUUAUUGAUAGCAUGAAGAAACAGGGUUGGGAGGGGCUGGACGAGCUUGCUCUUUGGAUUGAACACGUUCCUCGUUUAUGGCUUGGCCAACGGCGCGCUGCGGCACUUAACGAUGUACGGGUAGCUAUGUCAAAUAGCAGCGGCCACACUCGGGUGGUGGAGAGAAUCGAAAAGGAAUUUGUAUCAAGUGACGAGGAUCGUUUCAUAGAACAAAAGGGCGAUGAUGACUGGAACGCGGAAUGGAGUGAUAAUGAAGAUGAACCUUCCGAGUCAUUAAAAAAGGGCAGUUUUACGGAGGAAAAUGAAAACGAAUGCUGGGAUUGGGAUGAUGAAGAUCCUGCCGGCGCGGCCCAGCCGAAGGAGGUUAUUGGGGAUUCUUCACCAGCCAUUGCUAACGGGAACACCCAGCAAGCCAAGCGUGAAAUAGUGUUGACAGAAUCUUAUGCCAUUACCGACCUACCAGAUUCGAUCCUCGCUAUCAUUUUGAAUCAGGUAAUUGAUGCCGAGAAUCUAGUCAAUCUCAGAACUCUUCAGCUAAAAUUUGCAUCUUCGCGACCUGCUCUCCUUGCUUUGCCCACUCUCGUGCUGGGCAUGUUCAAGGCUACCGCACCUGUGUUCUAUUCCCAGAAAUUCAAUGUCAAUCAAAUAUGCCUCUACAAUGACUGUAUGUAUCUUGCGGAGCGGCUUCGCUCCCUCCCGGAGACUCAACACUAUCCUAAGUUAAACUCCGAUAUUGAGUCUCUUGAGAAGUUCGGCAAAGCAGCAUAUGGAAAAGAACUACACUCCCAACGGACAAUCUUAACUGACCUCCUUGAUUGCUGUCAAGGAUUUUCUUCCUGUUCUGAAGAACCAUUCCUCGGAGAAUGCAAAAACGCAAUGGCUGCGACUGCUGACAGGGUCUCGUUUAUAUACAACGACUGGCAACCUAUACUAUCCCGCUCUGCUCUCCUACAGUCAAUAGGAGCCCUGGUUUCGGCAGCAGUCAACAAAUUAAUAUUGGAUAUCGAGGAUUUAACCGAUAUCUCAGAUGCAGAGUCGCGACAGUUAGCUGAAUUCUGUACCUCGCUAUCCAAGCUGGAGAAGCUCUUUCUCCCAGAUCCCGAACUGGACUCAAACUCCAGAGACGACCCGGACGCCAUUCCGAUGACAGCGAUUUACGUUCCUAAUUGGUUGAAGUUUCAGUAUUUAAUAAACAUUCUGGAGAGCUCGUUGGCGGAUAUCAAGUACUUAUGGGCUGAAGGAGAGCUGAGGCUGGAAUUUGAGGCGGAUGAGCUAGUUGAUUUAAUAAAGGCUCUUUUUGCAGAUUCGGAUUAUAGAAAACGAGCCAUUGCAGAAAUUCGACGAGCACCAGGUGUACCUUAA